AAAAAAAAAAAAAAAAAAAAACCCUUUGAACCAUUUACUUCCCAGCGAUCCAAAGAUUUGUCCCACUGAUAUUUAUUAAGCCUUGUGGUAUUUUUUUUCCUUGUCUUUUUGGAGAACCUCAGAGCUCAGACUUUAAACCCUCUUUAAUCCCUGACUUAGUCCCCAACUUCCUCUUUUCAAAAAAUGACAAUCUGACAAAGUGGGGGAGAGUGGAGAAGAAAGAACAAGGAAUAAAGAGGUAUAAUUCAAGCCUGUGCUGAUAGCGAGCUAUACUUCCCGGUAUAUGUUUCGUUAUUUAUGAUCGGAAACUUUGAAAAGCAAAAAUUAUAUUUACUUAUCUCCCCACUUCGCUACUAUUUCGAGGGCAACUCGUGUAACAUAAAGACCGUGUUGCUAUACUGAGUACCUAUCUCCUAUAGGUAACCUCAUUGUUAAAAAAAAGAAAGAGAAAAGAGAGAAGGACUGCGAACUUUCCUUGUUCCCCCCAGCACAAUGGGGUCAAUUCGAAAUGUCCGCCCGAGCCGCUCGAAUCAACCCUGGAUUGAGUUCUUGGACAACGAGAUCGCUAACGGCGAUCCGCAAACCCCCAGACAUGCAAUGGCCAAAAUCUUCAGACGCUCUCUUUUCUCAGCGAGGGGAUGUUUGCCAUCCGACGCGGCUCUACAGCUAGAUUCCUACUAUCAUGAUACAUAUCUACCGGCCCACCCCGACCUGAAAGAUGAAGACGACAAAGGCAUGGUCGCCUUCCUUUCCGGACUUUACGGGGUUGUGGUCGACUUGAUGUUCUUAAUCCCCUACCACCACGGCUUACAAUAUACCGUUAUUGACUUACUCUACGAGCUUCGGAAUCUACCGCCCAAGGAGAUCAAGGUGGGAGGGAAAAUUUGCCAAAUUUACGAGGAGGAACCUGUACUCGAAUUGACGAUGAAGGAGAAAUGGGUAGUAAACAAUCCAACGGACGAUGGUGACCCCGAGGAGGUUGAGAGGAGGUGGUUAGCAUGGGUUAAUGUUUCUGCUUUCGCUGCCCGCUGCAUUGAAGCCGGGUUCGCCGACCACUUCGAAGAUAGUACUAUAAUCCCUUGUAUGGAUAUCUCAAAGGCUCUCGAAGAGGAGCAUCCCCCGGGCAUCAAGCGCAACUGCUUGAUAAGGGUGGCAGUGCAAUAUAUCAUGAUCGCAGGCACCAAGAUAUGUCGGGCCAAGAUCGGAAGAGGAAAGACCGAAGAGCAACAGAGGUGGCUCGAAAAGUGGAAAUCCUGGGCGGAGAAGCUGCUUGAGCUCGCCGAACAAAAUGAGCUCGAGCCAGGCCUAACGUCCGAAGUGCGGGAGGCCCACGGGACAAUGGUGGCAUUGCAGCCUCAUCUGUUUAAGUUUAAACGCUAAAUGACGAGAUCGUAGGAGUCAUGGGGCGUUUUGCUGGAAAUUUCUGGUGAGGUGGCUGGUCCAUAAUUUGCCAUGUCCCCCUUUUUUUCCUUAUACGUCUCUUGCAUUUUCCACUUGCAGCGCUGCUAUUUCAAGCCGGCGUUUGUGUGUCGGAUUUAAAUUCCCUUUGAGUGGAUCAGAUUACGUUGGACCGUUGGAUGGCCGGUAACACGGCUCGAGCUUCUACUAGGGAGUGCUUACGAGCGCCUUAAGUACCCGAAUCUUUCGACAUGGUUUCCUCUAUUCGAGGAUGUCUUCACGUUGUUGUGGCUUAUUUCAAUAUAUCUACCUGGGGGGGAUAAUGGCUCAGGCAUAGGAGUUGGCAUAUUACACUCGAUGCGCUGGGUUGAGGUAAGACAUAAUUUUAAAUGUUCAGUAUACCAUAGCGGAGAAGAGAAAUACAAAUAUAUAUGGUAUAUAUACAUACAUACAACUUCAACUUCCUUG